GCAGUCAUAUUUUUUUUUUAAUUGCGAAUUUUUGUUGGAGCGUGCGUGCAAUGUAAUUCGGCAUUUAUUUAAAUAUUAAAAUAUAUGUGCUGGGGUUCUCGAUGCACCAUCAAUUAGCCUAAACACUCAGAAAUUGUGCGCGCGACAACGUGUUGGUGCUAUUUUCGUGCAUGGUCUUUUAACCCAAUUCACCACCACAUUGCCGCUCCGUCGCCGACGCCGCAAGCAGAUGAUGCUGAUGCCUUAAAUUGUAUAUUUUGUGUCCAAAGAGAAGAUUAUUGCAGUGCAAUCAAUACUUGCCGUUAUCUCGCAGCCUCACACAGUGUUUAAUAGAUUGUUGCCGCCGCAUCCGCACCAACUGCCGCACCGCCAGCCGCAGCUCCAACUUGAACAUCAUUAAACGAGUGCAAUCUCGCUGCUCCAAACGCAGCUGCUAUUUAAAAUAAAAUUCGGAAUUGACACAUAAGAAAACACAUAAAAAUUGGCUCGAGUUUAAGAUAUACAUUAUAUGUAGACAGUGCAGAUCCAACAAAGCGCGCGAAUAGCUGAAUAUAUAAUGAGCAGAGCGGCCCACAACGAACGACAAUAAGCCAGACACGAGUCAGCAGCAGCAGCGAGAGCAGUAGCCGGGAGCGGUAGAAGCGGCAUUAGCAGAUCUUUCACAAGAUUAUUUACUAGCGGAGCUCGCUCCGUCCAUCAAGAUGGCACGUCACAUAAUGGCCGUGUGUGUGGUGUGCCUGCUGUGCGCACAGCGCCUGCACUGCCAGGAUCAUAUUGGAGACAUGCUGGUCACGCAGCGAACAGAGAUGAAACUGAAUGCGCGCCUAGCCUACGGCAAUCUGAGUCCAUCCAGUGAAAUAACCACCGAUCAGAGGCAGCUAGCCGAUGAGGACGAUACCCAAAACUACAGUACAAGUCCGCCCUACAGGAGACACAAGCGACAUGCCGGCCACGAACAUGAACACGACCACUCAUCGCCGCAUACACAAGUCCCGCAGAUCACCGAACACUUCCUGCAGCAACUGAUGCAGCAGCAGACCUUAAAUGCCAGCAGCUUUCAGAGCCUGCUGCAAAAGCUCGGACUGCAGCAGCUAGUCAGCAGCAACGAGAGCUGCGUGCCAGUUGAGCGCCUGGUGCAUCAUGUGCAGCCGCAUGAUCUCAGCCAUCUUGGCGACCACGCUGCGGAGCAUCGCCUGCUGCUGACCAAUUGUACGCUCUCACCCAAUGGCAACAGCACCAGCAUAUCCUGCGCCCCACUAGACACCACACCAGUACCCCAGCCGCAUACAGACUAUGAGCUCAACGAGCGGGACUUGUUGUAUCUGUGCCCAGUUCUGCUGCACGAGCUCGCGACCAGCAGCGGUGGGUGCAUAGAACCCGAUGUGCUCUCUGAAAUUGAUAAAUACGAGGCGAGCCAGAAAGAUGACAUUUUUUAUGUGUGGAUUUAUGCCUUUACUUCGGUGUUUGCCUGCGGAAUUUUGGGCCUUGUGGGCGUAGCCAUAAUACCAUUCAUGAACUCACGCUAUUACAAGCACAUAAUUCAGUAUCUGGUAUCGCUGGCCGUGGGCACCAUGACCGGAGAUGCGCUGUUGCAUCUGCUGCCGCACUCGCUGGCCGGCCAGGACGAGCACGGCAUGAUCAUGAAGGGUUUGGGCUGCCUGGGCGGCAUCAUCUUCUUCUAUGUGACGGAGCAUGCGCUGACCAUGAUAUCUGAAUGGCGCAAAAGCGUUGAGAAGAAGGAAACAAAGAAACCUUCGCGCGCCAAGGUUAUGCGCGAUCCGGACUCUUCGGUAAACAACUCUGUGGCGGGCGACAGGAUGUGCAAGCAAAAGUAUAGCUCUUAUCCGUAUUGCUAUGACGAGAUUACGGUGAACAAUAAGCAGGACGUAUGGAUGCAUUUGCCGGAUGAUGGCCCAGCGUCUGCUGUGGCGGCAGCUGCUGCUGGCGCUGGCGGCGAUGCAUCCAGCGGCGAGUGUAGCAAUCGGCGCUGUGACAAGGCUGAGCAUGAAGGUUCCAAUGAGGCGGUAGCGGCUGCACAAUCUCUGCUCUCCACCUCACACAACAACUACGCAGAGAUGAACCACCACCACCACAAUCACAACCAUAACAAUCAUCAACAACAGGACAGCAGCAAUACGGUGACAACUGAAUUGGACGGCAAUGCGGCAACGGCAAAUGGAGGCAAGGAUAAGAAUGAUCAUGUGACUGUCAUAUUGCGUGAGCAUGAAUCCUCCCAUCACGGACACAGCCAUCGCCAUGGACACGUGCAUUCACCACCAGAGACUUUAAGCGCAGUUGCCUGGAUGAUUAUUAUGGGUGAUGGCUUGCACAAUUUCACCGACGGCAUGGCUAUUGGUGCCGCUUUCGCCGAGAACAUUGCCGGUGGCUUCUCCACUUCUUUGGCUGUCUUUUGUCAUGAGUUACCGCACGAGCUGGGCGACUUUGCCAUUCUUAUGAAGGCCGGUAUGUCGGUCAAAUCGGCUGUGUACUAUAAUCUGUUGACGGGAGUGCUCAGUUUCAUCGGCAUGAUCUUUGGCAUUGUGUUUGGUCAAUCCCAGGAGGUUGCCCAAUGGAUGUUUGCCGUGGCAGCAGGUCUCUUCAUCUACAUUGCGCUGGUCGAUAUGAUGCCUGAAAUUUCUGCUGCUCACAAGUCGCUGGCGCAGUUUAUGCUGCAAAUUGUGGGCAUGCUCAGCGGUGUGCUCAUUAUGCUAUUCAUUGCCAUCUAUGAGGGUCAAUUGAUGAACGCAUUCGGCUCCGCGCACGCCAGUGCAGUGCAUCAUCAGCACGUGCACUAAAAAGGAAAAACAAAAUAUAAGAGGAUCGACUGUCUUUUGAGUCAAGCAGAGAAUCUUUUUAGAGAGUAUUGCGUGUAUUUUUUCGAGUUUAGGGUUUUUAAUUUUGUAUAAUUGUAGUAGUUUAUGUUAUGUUAUUUACCUCAGCCACUCUCACACACAUGCAUACACACACAUCCAAACAGAUAAUGCAAGUCAUUAAGUAAUAGACACCCAAUAAGAUUCGCAUUUGUUAAACAGUUUAUGAAACACUCACAAACAUUUGUUAACUGCCACUGAAGAGUUGUCCGCAAAUUGAAUUUCGUUCCUAAAUGUCUAAUGCCCGAUUUGCGUUCGUUUUGGAAUUAGCUUGAAUUGAUUUACACUCAAACACACACACAAGAUCUACACACAACAAACACACAUUUAAUGUAAGAAACUUUCAAUGUGCAUAAGCUAUAAAGUGAUUCUGAAUUUAAAAACGAUAAAAUAGAAAGCAAAAGAGAAAUUUGCUUUAAAAAGAUGAAACUGAACACAACAAGAAAACAUCAAUAUCAAGAUGUGAAACAAUAAUUGAAUUGAAAAAAAAAGCGAGCACUGAUGAAUAUGAAAUAUAAUAGGAUAGCUAAGAAGAGCAUAUAAACGCUAUAGCUAUAAGUCUUAUCUUAUAUACAAGAUAAAACCCAUCUUAAAUUUACAAUUCGCAAUUAAAUAUUGUAGCGUGUAUAUUAUUAAGCAACAAUUGUAUACACAUAGUUUUUUGUAUUUUGUAGUCUGUAGGGUGCGCACGUUCAUUUCACGGCUAAGUUCGAGAGUAAACAUUCUAUGAAACAUAUUUUAUAUAUAUAUAUAUAUAUAUAUAGAUGUAUAUUUAUAUAUAUAUACAUAUACAUUAUUUUUGGCAGUACUUAUCCAUUUGUAUGUACUACCUUUUGCAAUCCACAAAAUUAUUUAAACUUAAUUUAUUAUUAUCGUAGUACGAAUUAUUAAGGCAUGCUCAUAUUACCUCUUUCUUUUGGCACCAACGUUUGUUUAUCUUUUUUUCCUUUUGUUGUAAUAAACAAAAUGACUUGUGUUUUUGCAAACAGCAACUUUUGUUGUUAAACUCUUUAUUUAAAAGCGCACACACAACUAAACGUUAAGUGAUUGUGAUUAAAUAUUGAAUUGAGUAACUAACAUUUGUAAAAUGAUGCGCUAGCCUGAAGGAAGGGCUCUCAUAAACACCGACAUUUACACCAAGCUAAGUAUCACCCUUAUAAGCUGAGCAAACUAAUAAUAUGCCAUAAAGCCCACACUAUUUGCUAAUGAGGCAGUAAAACCUAUUUGACUAGACGUUAACUUAAAAGUAAACACUACUAUAAUAUGAAA